CUCGAAGGGUUGGAGACCGUUUGCCCGCAUGCGAAAGGACAGCUGGCUGAAGACGACGGAGCAAUCAAUACUAUACCGCUGUCAGAAAGAGAACCCCGGGGAGAGUGAAACAUCCAUCGCGGCAAAGGCGAAACAAUUGUUCGACGCCUUGGGAGCCACUCGGCAGUUAGAGUACUCACACAAGUUUUACGAGCUGCAGUCGAUCCCCUCGUACGACAAGAUUGACUGGAAGGUUGAGUGCGUCGCCGCGCUCGAGAGCAUGGACGUGGACUCCCGAGAAGAUGCCGCCCCGGUGCCCGAGGCGGCCACAGGGGACACAAUGGGUGAACAAAGGGAAGAUGGCGGGACAACGUUGGGCGUGAAGCCUCCGUUGCCAGAGGCGGGGAACACGCCCGYAGGCAAAAACACCAUCGGAGCCAUCUCUGUCGCAACGGGGGAUACAUCACAAGGUGAAAAAGUGUCACUCGACAAGCCGGCAGAUGCGGGCGCUACAUACGGGAGUCUCCUCGCGACAGGUGCGGCGCUGGCAGGCACAUCGGAGAUGGUGUCAGAAUCCACUGCUGGGAUGGGCGUCACGGGGAUGUCAUUGCAUCCGCCCACAUGCACUAGCAAAGGUGACGCACACUGUACAACAACACCACAGGGAGGGGUCACAGGGGAUGACGGGAAUGGGGGAAAUGCAGGGGGGUCUCCACGUUCUCGUAAUAUUGAGGACAUGACGACGGACAAUGAGGAUGGGGUAGAAGGCGGAAAGGACGUGAGCGAUCCCACGCGUACAAAAAAUGAGGGGUGAGACAGGGAAUGAACUUGAGGGGAAUCC